ACACCUGUGACCUUGAGUAACUACAGGUAAUGUAUGGACAUGUUCCACUAAGUCUGACGAUCACAAAGUGUUUAAAUACAUUAUAAACUACUGCUUCACAGUUAAUCCUAACAAACCUUAAUGAAAAGGAUGCCUGUGCUACAUUUCUUUUAAAUAAAUGAUAUUGGUUUUGAUUUAAUUGGCAGUGAACUCAAUUUUUGUAAGGGAAUGGUUUCUAAUGCAAUGACAUCACACAUGUUUAAGUGUGUCUUAAGGGUCCAGAUUAGGUUUUGAGGUCACUGUACCUCAACGCUGUGAAUUGAGAAGUCAAGGCAGAGGAAAAUAAAAACAUUUUAAUUAAGCGAAUGUAGAUGGGGUUAGGAAAAGUUUGCUUUGUUGAAGGCAUUCCACUUUUGCUAACAGCAUCCUGAUUAUCUCUUGUAUUUAGACCUAUUUCUGACUGAACACGGAACAUAUAUCAAUCUUAUUCAGCGCCAUGUUUAUUUAUUUUUGACGGGAAUGAAUACGCGGCCGUGAGGGAUCUCUUCAAUUAUAUUGUAAGCACUUGUAUAAAGCUGUAAAGCUAGAUCACAUCUAAUUUUCACAACUUGUUUACUUUUUUCCCCCCAGAAAUAUUUUAUUUAAAUUUCUGUCAGCUGAACGAUUAACACUAAUGUAGUACAACCCAUUGUUUUCGUUCCCUUUAAAAAUUAAAUAUGGCUUCGGGUCAUCCUGUUGUUUACGUAAACCGAGGUUGCACCUCCCAAAUCUGCUGAAUGACAUUGCAUGACAGUUAAAAGCUGUCAUUAAUCUUACUUCAUACUCUUAGCCAUCAUGUACAGGCAAGAUAAAAUAGUUAUUUAACAUGGCUGCAAAAAGGCAACAAAUGAAUGAAUUCUGUGCGGUUUCAUACAAUGUCGUGUUUUCCCCACUGGAUGGCACAAUUCCUCAAAUUCUAGAUGUUACACAAAGGGGCGAUAAUUCACAUCAUAUACCAGCGAACGUCACGACCGCAAUUGUUCAUCUGAUGUUGGAAUUUAUUGUUCAGUCUUAUAGAUGUUGAAUGUGAUAACAGCGCAUGACUGCAGCCCACAAGAAGACACAAACGAGGCAUUGCGGUGACUAAGAGCGGAAACAGGAAAGCGCAUCUGAGAUAUGUUAGGGGCUGUUCACACCGAACACGACCUUACGCUAAAACAAGCUAGACGCAAGCUUAAGACGCGUUUUUAACAACAAAUAUUUUGAACUUUACACGGCGUUUAAAAAACGCCACGCUCCUGCACGAGACGCUAAAACAGUGAGACGGUCAAAGACGUCGAGUCUAACGCAGGUUUACAUACGAAAACAGUUGGAAAAACAGCGCGGAGAGCGCGUCAAAGCGUUUUCGGUUUGAACGACCCCUUGUGCUGAAGUGUAGCGCUUGAACGUACUCGAUGAUGUUUCUCUGAUACUGCGGGAGGAAAAGUUGUGGACCAACGAAUGUACAGCAGGGAAGGUCGCGUUGUUUUUCAAACGUUUGUUGGCUUUGAAGCAACCAUUUUCUCUUAUCUAGCGGUAUAACGGUGUUUUUGUGUUCAUCUGCAGCCAACACCGGUUGUGACAGUCAGCGAUCUGCUUCCCGGUGUUUCCAUUAACUGACAAAACAUCUGAACAUUUUCUUCUCAAUAGCGGUUGACCAUUUAUUCCAGAGCUCCAGUUUACGGGUGUAAAAGUGAGAUAUCGAGCUGUGAAGAUGACGGGUAAAUCAGUGAAAGACAUUGACCGCUAUCAGGCUGUACUCGCAUCUCUUCUCGCGUUAGAGGAAAACAAGUUUUGCGCUGAUUGUCACGCCAAAGGUCCCAGAUGGGCAUCCUGGAAUCUUGGAAUCUUCAUUUGUAUACGCUGUGCGGGAAUCCACAGGAAUCUUGGCGUGCACAUAUCACGAGUUAAAUCUGUAAACUUGGACCAAUGGACUCAAGACCAGAUUCAGUCUGUUCAGGAGAUGGGGAAUGCCAAAGCACGACGACUAUAUGAGGCCUUUUUACCAGAGUGCUUCCAGCGCCCAGAAACAGACCAAGCUGCUGAGAUUUUUAUACGAGACAAAUAUGAUAAGAAGAAAUAUAUGGACAAGUGCAUUGAUAUCCAGUCCUACAAGAGAGAGAAGAGUGAGACAGUAACAAAGGAGGCUCCUGUUGUUUUUGAAAAGAUGAAGGUGAAAAAGGAUGAGUCGCAACAAUUCAAAAACAGUCCAAAGAAACAGUCACAGUCUGUAAAUGACCUAUUAGGACUAGAUGCCUCAGCUCCUCAAGCACCUGUGUCCAAUGGCAAGCCAUGCACUGAACUUAGCCCCGCCCUCGACCUCUUCAGCUCUCUGCCUGCUGCUGUCAGCAGUUCAAACUCAGCCAGAAGCACGCCUAGCUCAGGGUCAAUGCCCACUGGGCGAGUAGCAGCAUCAGUGCCCGAGAACCUCAGCCUGUUUCUGGACCCGCCCACCAAAAGCGAAGACAGCAGCAAGAAGAUGUCCAAGGAUUCGAUCCUCUCUCUGUACAGCAGUGCAACUCCACAAACAAUCAUGGCCACUCACGCUGGCAUGUUCAUGGGUGCAACACAGAUGCGCUACGUCCCUGCUGCAGGAUACGGCCAAUACCAGGCCCUUAGUGCCCAGCAGGCCAUGAUAGGGCCUAUGAUUGCUCCGCAAAUGAAUGUACUUGGACAGGGAGGUGUCAUGCAGCAAACAGGAGUGGCAACUGCUCCUCCAUACAUGGCAGGGGUGCAGGGGGGCGUGAUGGGAAUGCAGAACGGGAUGAUGGGAGGCAUGGCAACAGUUCCUCAGCAAGCAUAUGGAGCACAGCAGGCUCAACAGCUGCAGUGGAACAUCAGCCAGAUGACUCCGCACAUGGCAGGCAUGAAUUUCUAUGGUGCCAAUAACAUGAUGGGACACGGGCAGCCCAUGGGUGGGGCAGCUGCUCCCGGUUCAAAUCAAAUGCUCGGGUCACAUGUGUGGAAGUGAUGAUGUCCUAAAGAGAGAUUAACAGUCUGAAUGGGUGGGCUUGGAUGGUGCUACAACUGACUAUCAGCAGAAGGAAUACGUUGGGGAGUCGAUUGGAUGAUCGCAACAGAAGUCCCUACCUCCAUCAUUCUCAGAGCCAUUUUCCACAUUCUCCUGCUUGCCUUUAAACAGUCAUAUACUCAGAAAGAGAAUCGAACACAGUUGCAUUAGCGAGGUAUGGCGUGUAUUACAUAUGCAGCAAUACUCGCAUUUCUGAUGCUCUUUUCAUCUGAAACUCCGCACUUCACAGCUCCAACAUUAUGGUUCUCUCUUUCAGUUCUCUCAUUGUUAUUUUCAGUUAAAGUUCACCCUAUAAUGAACAUAUUGUGGUCAUUUACUCACCCUCAUGUGGAUCCAAACCUGUAUGACUUUCUUCCGUUUCUUCGGCACAAUGACAUCCUCAGUCACCAUUCUUUUUCAUUGUAUGGAAAAAAAAGAUGCAGUGAAAGUGAAUGGUGACUAAGUCAUACGGGUUUGGAACAAAACAAGGGUGAGUAAAUUAUGAAAUAAUUUUAACUUUCCCUUUAACCUGUUCAUGGUUAUUUUUUAUCCUAAACCACUUGAUCAUACAGAUACAUAUGCUGUUUUAGGAGGUAACUACCCAAGUAGGCACUGGGGUUUGAACCAAGCUUAUAUGUCCCUGCUCUAAACAUGCUUGCAAUCAUAAAUGAACACUUGAACGUGCAUACAGCUUUACUCAGAAGCCAUUUCAGUUGUGAUGACAUGCCAUUUUUGUUUGUAAAGGUAAGAACCUGUGUCUUUACAACCUUUGAUACUGCUGUGAGAAAAAUGUCCAUUACUGUGUUGCUAGGUCUGCUAUUAAGGGGCUCCUGAAAACCUAUGAAUGAUACUUUGACUCGAUGUUUAAAUUCGCAACUCAGGAAAAACAUGCUUGGGAGGAUGAGGGUUUUCACAUCCAUCUCAUAGCUAAACAUUCACAUUCAGCCAAACAUUUAUUAAAUCUUUGUAGUCUGCACAGAUCUUUGGAAUGACAUGUUCUGGAUGGAUCCUGUGGUCUAUGAAGUGGGUUCCUCCAUUUGGUGUUUGUUUGAGUGCAUUGGAGCCUGACCUCAAAUGUUUCAUUGCACCAUUGAUUGUAUUGUGCACUGCUUUUCUCCUCAUUACUGAAUGCAGGGUCACCGCUGUCAAAAUAAACCUUUGAGACUCUAAGGAUGCAGUGUGGACAGAGACCAAAUGAUUGUUUCAUUCUGACUUCUGCCAAUGAGCAGAAUUUACCACAGCCACUGUGUGAAGUUCAUUUAAACCAGUCAGCUUGGGGUUUUGUCAACAAGUUUAAUGUACACACUUUGUUUGAGUUUAACAUCCUCUAAAGUAACCAAAUGCAUUUUUUUUUUUUUUUGCUCAUAUUUACAGAACAGCAUAAAGUAUACUGGAAAGUAGGGGUGAGUGAGCCAACAAUUCGUAUACAGUGCCUAUAGAAUGUCAUCAUACCUUAAAAUGUGUCACAUUACACCCUGGAAAUGUAAAUAAAUUCAAUCUAACCUUUUCCAGUUGUAUUUACACAUUAUAACCUUCAACAUCAAUGUGAAAUAACAUAAAAAAAAUUCUGAGCAAUUAUUAAAAAUAAAAUAGUUAAAUACCUGGUUUAGAUCAGUGACCAACCCCCUAAGAGUAACCAUUAUAAACUUGCUCAGAUGCAACCAAUCACCUUUCAGAUCACAUACCUGACUAACUAGCCCCUACCUGACAUUAACUGUAGUAGAUUUGAUUACUGUAGUAUAAAAACCAGCUGUUCCAUGAGGAUUCCAUUACUUGUAGUGCAUGGUAAUGAAUUCAAGAAUUCACCAUGCUUCGAAAGGUGCUUUUAAGGGCUCCUGGAUAAAACUGUGGAAAGGCACAGGUUAGGAGAAGGGUACAAAAAGAUUUCAAAGGAUUUAACUAUUCCUCUGAGUACCGUUCAGAGCAUUAUUAAAAAGUAGAAAGCACAUGGCACCACCAAAAACAUGCCUAGAUCGGGCUGUCUCUCCAAACUAGAUGACCGUGCCAUUAUUGAGCAGGGAAGUUAUUAAGAGGCCAAAGGCAACUUUGAAGAAUUUACAAGCCCUUAUGGCUGGAUCGGUCUGUGCAUGUUUCAACAAUCUCCCAAGCUUUACACAAAGCUGGCUUUUAUGGCAGUGUGGCAAGAAAGGCUGAAGGUUUUAUGGUCAGAUGACUCAAAAAUUGAACUUUUUGUACUGAACUCCAAGCUAUAUUUGGAGAAAACCAAACACAGCACACAACCCAGAACGUACCAUACAUACUGUGAAGCAUGGUGGAUGCAACAUUAUGUUGUGGGGGUGUUUCUCUUCAGCAGGGACUGGGCAAUUGGUCAGGAUUGAAGAGAAAAUGGAUACUACCAUGUACGCCUAAAUUCUUGAGGAAAAUCAGUUGCCCUCUGCUCGACAACUGAAGAUGGGCAAGUUGUUCACUUUUCAGCACCACAAUGACCCUAAACACACCACCGAAAAAAACAAAACAAUGCAGUGGCUUAAAGAUAGGAAGGUAAAAGUCCUUGAGUGGCGAAGUCAGAGCCCUGACCUAAUCCAAUAGAAAACCAGUGGAAUGACUUGAAAAGAGCAGUGGGCAAAUAUUCCCCAAUCUAGGUGCGCGAAGCAAGUAGAGAUGUAUCCAAACAGACUGAUGGCUGUCAUUAAAGCAUAAGUAGCUGGGGUAUGAUCACUUUUCAAACCCUGUUCAUUUUUUUGUUACUCAAAUGUUGUAAGGCACAAUUUGUAAAUAAAGAUGUAAAAAAAAAAAAAAGGUUUUGAUUUCAGGCUGUGUAAAUAGUGACAAUUCCAAAGGGGUAUGAUGAUUUUUUUUUAUAGGCACUAUAUGUCAUGCAACUACACUACCCACUGAACUGCAGUUCUGACUUCUCAGUUCUGAUUAUCUUUUAAACUAGAGCAUAUAAAAAGGAGAAACCAGGACCCCUUUAAUAAGAUUGCAAGGAGUUAUAGUCAUUUUAAAAUGUGCUGUUGUAUAUAUUUCUCUUUGUUUUUGGGAGAUGUUUUCACCUUGCAUAGCCAUAGGGACUCACAAAAUGUUCUGCCCAUUAAAACUGAUUUUCAGAUCAGUAUGAACUAUGAUGCGGUGGUUUGUAAAGGAGUUUAACAAUAUUUGGUUGCAUAAUUGUUUGCUAAAAUUAUGUCGUUUGUUGAUGCUUUUUAUACCUGAGUGAAUAGAUGGUCUAUGAAAUUACAAUAAAUGGUUUGAAUUGUCUUUGUCAUUCUGCACAUCACUGCCCUCUACUGGCCAAUAAGUGAUCCUCAGUUAUGUUAUAAGAAAGCUGUGUGAGAUGGAUGUUUUUAGCAAAUCAUUUGUAAUCAUGUAUGUGCAAAGUUGCUGAAUGUAAUUGUUGUUCGGCUGGACUUUUUUUAUAGUGCAAAAUGUUUCUUUUAAGUUGAAUCCGCAUUGCAUUUUUUUUAGGUUUCGUAUUUGUGUUUGCUUGAUUCGGAUUAAAUGGGACUGUGUUCUUAUAUUUUCUGCUAAUUUGGCAUAUUUGAACCUGUACAUAGAAUAUUUGUUAUGAUAUGUAAUACCCUCUAUGUAAAUUACAAGUCCUUGGGUUUCUUUCAUUUAAAACUAUUGUUAUUAUGGCACUUUACUAAUCAAAGUUUGUCUGCAUGAAUUGUUGUUCAUUGAGAAAGUUUAUCAGAAGUGAUUAGCUGAUAUGUUUAUUACAGACAUCAUUAAAUUGCAUAUGCGACAACAUCACGUGCAUGCUAGCCAUUCAAAAACAGCAAUGUUCAAAGUGACUUCAUAAUAUAUCAGUGGGCUGAAAAGUGUUACUGCUGAUCUGAUUCACCACAUCUGCUAUUAAAGGAAAGUUCACCUGCCCAAAAAUGAAAAUUCUGCCCUUAUUUACUCACCAUCAUGUUGUUCCAAACCCGUAUGACUUUCUUUUUCUGCAAUUUUGUGUUCCGCAGAAGAAGAAGAAAAAAAAACCAUGAGGGUGAGUAAGUAAGGGCAGAAUUGUCAUUUUUGAGUGGGUGAACUAUUCCUUUAGCCUUGCACUGAAAUGUAUCCGUGUCCGGCCUGAGUGUGAAGCAGUAAACUUGUGUUAUCAGAUUAUUUAAAGAAGAACGUUGAUGGUUUUCUUUUGUUGUAGUGCUCUAAUUAUGAAAAGCAAUACUGGGUAGACUAAUGUCUUUGGUUAUGAAAUGGCAGCCUGUUGACAAGUGAUUAAAAGAGAAUCAAUGAUUCUGUAAUUCUAUAUACUGCAUCUGUAUAGAAAUCUUAUACAAAAAUGCAAAUGCUUUACAAUGCAUAUCUUAUACCACACGUACAAUAAAUGCUUUUGUUUUAUGCUAGUCAUAAAUGUGAAACCCCCAAUUGUUAUUUCUCAGUAGGCAUCAAAAUUCUUCCUUUUCUAAAAUUGCAAAGGGCUUUAUUGUUUUCUGGAUUGGUUGGCAACAUGCAGACUCAAGGAAGAUAUUGCAAGAAUAUGACCCCGACAGCUGUGUAAUGGUUAUCAUCGCUCCUUUUGGUGAAAUGGUGCUAAAACAUCAUCGGCCCACAUUACAUCGUGGAGGUCUUGAACAUUCUUUCUUUGUGAAUUGUUCACACUUUGAGAGAAUGAAACUUUAUUUUAAUGUCUGUUCUUUUAAAUGGAUUACAUCAUUGUGACUCACAGUUAAUGUACAUACUACUGUAUGUGGGUUAUAAAGUUUGUAUUUAAGUUGCUCAAUCUUGUUUGCUUCCUUUUCAAUACUUUUCAGGAUAUCGAUCAAAGGCAUGAAUGUAUAAUUAGAUGAGAAAUAAACAUCUUAA